AUGAAGCUGAAGAUGCAGUACGAGAACGAGAAGCAACUCGUCAAGAGCUUGGAGAAGAUGCUACACAAACGACAUGUUCCGGCAAAUGACACGGAGCCUCAAGCAACGAAACAGACACGACGGACUGAUAUUCCUGAUGGACACAAUGGGCUACUGGAUGAAGGAAAGAAACUGAAAGGCAUAGAACGGAAGUUUUACGACCGAAGAACUAUGCCUUUCGGUAUGCGCUCGACGGGAGAUGCGUGGUGGGAGAACUGGCACAACUAUAGAGGUCAGCGAUUUCAAGAUAUCGCAGCGAACGAGAUCACCGAGAGCUUUGGUCUUGAGAUGAGCGACUUCAAGACCAAUGUAUCUGCUACAGCUUAUUCUCAGCAGAUCUCACAGCGUCAUGUUGAAGAUAAACGUAUUGUGUUCGUGUGGGAUGCAUACGUGGAGCCGUUUGGGUUUGCUAACGAACGCGUCAGCGGCGUCUACCUUUUAGAGCAGAAUUAUGUGCUGAUCGAGCCUGAAUUCUGGAGCUCCGAACGGACUCGAGGGCGCAGUAAUGGCUCUGCUACGCGAGUGUCAACUUGCUAUGUGAUCACUCCGUACUUUUUGGACCCAAAGCUGAAAGAUGACCCCAAGACCAUGGCUGUGAUUAACUUCUUAGUGAGCGCGCUGUCCACCAAUAUUAUGGCGCUUAGUGAGAUGGUGGAGACACUGCUGCUGGACCAGGUAUUGCAACGAUAA